AUGCGUUUCCCAUCCGCGGCGCUUCUUGCGUCGAUACUCGCAAUAUCAGCAACAGCCCGAUUUGUCAUAUACGCAGACGAAUGGCACCCAACGCGUCCAGACAACCCACGAGAUCGAGCUGGCAUCGACCAUGUCAUCCUCGCCUUUGCCCCAGCCAACGCAACAGCUACGUUCCAGCCCAAAGUUCCCAUACACACCAUCCGCACCGAGUUCCCCAACGCAAAGGUCAUGAUUGCUGUUGGCGGCUGGGGCGAUACGGUUGGUUUCUGUCAAGCCACGAAGUCCGACGCAUCGAUGCUCGCGUUUGCCGCUGAUGUUGCUACUAUGCUUGCCAGGACUGGAGCAGAUGGAGUCGAAGACAUCGAUUGGGAAUAUCCUGGCGGCAACGGGGCGGACUACAAACAAGUGGCGAACUGGGAUCAGACUUACCAGAUCGCCGCGUUCCCUAAGUUACUGGCUGCCAUCCGUGCUGCUAUUGGGAAGAAACUGCUUUCGAUCGCUGUCCCAGGAAAAGAAGGCCAGUCAUCAUACACAUGUUUGAAGCAAAUCUGGCCAUCCGUCGAUUUCAUCAACGUGAUGAGCUACGACCUAAUGAACCGCCGAGACACAGUAACCAAACACCACAGCUCCGCCAUCGAUGCCGAAAACAGCAUAAAAGACUACCUCGCCAUGGGCGCACCCCCCUCCAAGCUCAACCUCGGCUUCGCAUACUACGCCAAAUACUUCACCACGCAAGGCGACUGCAGUGGCAGCCCCCUCAACUGCCCCAUCGUCCUUGCGGAAGAUGCCCAAGGCAAAGACACACUCACCUCUGGCGCCUGGACCUUUGAGAGAUCUCGCAUGCGCCCCGUUGAUGCCUCCUCUCUGACCGUAUCCCAAGACGGCACCUGCGGUCCAGAAAAGGGAACCAAGUGUGAGACAGGCUGUUGUUCUCAACAUGGCCACUGCGGUACUUCGCCUGAACACUGCAACGGCGCCUGCCAACACGCGUUUGGAACUGGAUGUACGGACGCCGAUGUAGCAGCUUCAUGGCAGCUCGCAGCCAAACACGGUGUUACUGACGAAGUAGCUGGCGGACAAUACUACUUCGAUGCCACAAACCGCCUCUUCUGGACAUGGGAUACGCCCGAACUCAUCACAAGGAAAUUCGACAACAUCGUCCGCAAGUACAAGCUCGGAGGCGUCAUGGCGUGGAGUCUAGGGGAAGACAGCGCGGACUGGAGUCAUAUCCGACAGAUGGCGAAGGAAGUUGCCAAAGGUGGACUGGGUUUGACGACUGCCAGCGACUCCAAUAUGCCAGUCGAUGCAGGUGGUGGCUACAUGCACGACGAGAUCGCUCAUUAUUGCUGUCCAAACGGCUACGAUCCAGCGAAAUUCUUGAUCUACCAACCGGGAUAUAUGUUUCCACUCACUUACCAUCCUUUUUUGGUCGACUGCGGGGAUGGGAAAGGGCGGGUUUACUGUGCAUGCGACACCCCCGAAUGUCACUGGGGGUCACUUCAUGUGGACCACUACGAUGGCAAUGACCCGGUUCAGUCCAUGUCGAACGAGGAUGGCCUUGUGGAGAUGCAAUACACCACGGACGCCCUCCAAGCAAUGCCAACUGAGCACGACCAAGCCGCACUCGAGACUCCGCGGCCGCAUGUCGGUGUCAUGACCGAAUGCUUGGGUGAGGGUGGUGCCACGACAUGGUGUCCACUACACUACACAAACGACCUCCCAUCCAUGCCAACUGAGACCAGUCCAGCUGCAAUCGAAACCUCAUGGCCGACUGACGCUAUCAUCCUUGAAUGCAUGGGCGAGAACGGUGGCCUGACUUGGUGUCCGCAAUCCUACACAGACGAAGCCCUAUCGAGUAUGAACUCCGUCGCCAACACCCUUGCCGACUGA